UGAAGUAAUCUAAUGAAUCUACCUGUGCUAGCCUCGCCCAUCCUGCUACAUGGUUGGCUGGACACGCGGAUUGAUUUUUAUAAAGUUCUGUGACUCGACACGAGGAGCACUUCGAAGCUUGGUCUUUGGUCAGAAGGUCUCGUGUGACAGUCCCAGCUUCCGGUGAUGUACAACAACGAUCAUCCUUUCGUGGUCACGACACACGGCAACGACUCUGUCACCUACAGGUACCCCGAACGUCAGCCCACCAUGAACACAUUCGACCGAGAUUCGUUGAGGGUGGGUCCCAUGGCCGCGAAGAGGGACACUCAGGAACAGGUCCCACAGAACGAAAGAAAAAUGGAAACAAAAGAAAAGAAAGAGAUAACAUUCCUGGACUACGCCAUGGAGACAUCCACCAUUCAAGGACUUGCCAAAAUGUGGGCUGUGCCGCUGGUGUUUCUAAAGGUGAUGUGGCUUCUGCUUCUCCUUGUCGCUUCUGGUAUGAUGAUCUAUCAGCUGGUACAGCUGUUUCAGCAAUACUUCCAAAGGCACAUCAAGACCGAGGUGAGCCUGGCCUUCAGUCCUCUCCCCCUGCCUGCCGUCACCAUCUGCAACACCAACAUGGUCCGACUGUCACAGGCUUCCAAACUGUCCUGCUUCCUACAGGAUGCUCUGGGAGUCCCCAAGAACCAGGCUUGUUCUCACGACAACAUCAGCCUUACCAAUACCGACGUUCCCAACUUUGGUUGUGCUGGCAACUGUGAAGGUAACCUGGACAGCACGGCACUAUAUCAGUACUACUUAGAAAUUGGAUUAGCAAAUACAUCCAGGCAGCUGCUGAAAGAAGUUGGACAUCAACCUAAAGACAUGAUUUUGAACUGUUCUAUCACCGGAAUAGACUGUGUCUAUCAAGAUUUUACUCACUCUUUGUCGUAUGACUACGGCAACUGUUACACACUGUCGCGUCCCAACUACAAGUCAACUACAAGUGGCCCACUACAAGGUCUGUUCCUGCAGCUGAACAUCGAGUCGGACGAGUACCUGAGCACCGAGGAGUCUGGCUACGGUCUGCGCGUCAUCCUGCACGAGGACGGCACGCGCCCCAACCCCACCAACGAGGGCUUCACAGUUGCUGCUGGCUCUGAGGUCUUCGUGGCAAUCAGAAUGGUAAAUGUCAACAGCCAGGGUCCACCUUACGGCUCUUGUGAUAACGGUAAAGAAUACAAACAAAAAACUGACAACACUUACACAAUUGGGGGUUGCCGUGAUCUGUGCUUCAGAACGGCCAUUUUACAAAACUGCUCGUGUGUUCCACUCCAAGAUGACUUUGCUCUUCUCUUAAACGACUCCUUCUGCAGCUCAGACCAAGAGUAUGACUGUAUGUCCUCGUUUUAUACUAAUUAUUUCAACGGUCUUAACAACGGCAAUGACUCUUGCGCCUGCUCCAAGCCAUGCAGUGAAUCUGCUUACCAAGCCAGCGUGACAAGUCGGCCCUGGCCUUUGCUUGAAGAAGUGAGACAGUACGAAGGGCAAGCUUGUGAUUUCAACCCAGACAGCCCCAAGUGUGACUACAAGGACCAAAGCUUUACCGUGGAUACCUACGAACUCCGCAGAUCUUCCUUCAUGAGGCUACAAGUGUACUAUGAUCGUUUGAACUACGAGAUUAUCGCAGAGAAGCCUGCGUAUGAGGUGGAGCGGUUCCUGUCUGACAUUGGCGGCACCCUGGGCUUGUGGAUCGGAGCGUCGGUGCUGGGACUCGCCGAGCUUCUGGAGAUCGUCAUCCUGCUGCUCGUGCGGUGCCACAGGGCGAAUAAACGUCACGUGACUAGCACGUGACAUCGCCUGCCUCACUUGUGACAACAGAAAACUAGACAACAACUCCUUGCUACUAUCGUUGCCGAUGAAAACCUCUUAAGUUUCUAGAUUUCCGACUGUCAUGUAAUUUUUUUAUUUGUGUACAUCCAACUUGUGCUGACGUCACCUAUCACGUGCUAAGGACUUUCGUAUUCUGAUGUGACAUCCUUGUUAGACGACAUAAUAUUGUACUGUUCUUCACUUUGUGUGUGUGUGUGUGUGUCACAGAGGGAGAAAAAGUGUCUGUGUUUUGUGUUGGGAAUGGAUGCUGUUCACUUGGUCCAAGAUUACUUUUCAAAUUAUGGCGAAAACAAAAUAAAGAACUAGUUUGUUGUCCA